AUGGUUAACCCCACACGCAGUAACCCCACACGCAGUAACCCCACACGCAGUAACCCCACACGCAGUAACCCCACACGCAGUAACCCCACACGCAGUAACCCCACACGCAGUAACCUCACACGCAGUAAUCCCACACGCAGUAACCCCACACGCAGUAACCCCACACGCAGUAACCCCACACGCAGUAACCUCACACGCAGUAACCCCACACGCAGUAACCCCACACGCAGUAACCCCACACGCAUUAACCCCACACGCAGUAACCCCACAUGCAGUAACCCCACAUGCAUUAACCCCACACGCAGUAACCCCACAUGCAGUAACCCCACACGCAGUAACCCCACACGCAGUAACCCCACAUGCAGUAACCCCACACGCAGUAACCCCACACGCAGUAACCCCACACGCAGUAACCCCACACGCAGUAACCCCACACGCAGUAACCCCACACGCAGUAACCCCACAUGCAGUAACCCCACAUGCAGUAACCCCACACGCAUUAACCCCACACGCAGUAACCCCACACGCAGUAACCCCACACGCAGUAACCCCACAUGCAGUAACCCCACAUGCAGUAACCCCACGCGCAGUAACCCCACACGCAGUAACCCCACAUGCAGUAACCCCACACGCAGUAACCCCACACGCAGUAACCCCACACGCAGUAACCCCACACGCAGUAACCCCACAUGCAGUAACCCCACAUGCAGUAACCCCACACGCAGUAACCCCACACGCAGUAACCCCACACGCAGUAACCCCACAUGCAGUAACCCCACAUGCAGUAACCCCACACGCAUUAACCCCACACGCAGUAACCCCACACGCAGUAACCCCACACGCAUUAACCCCACACGCAGUAACCCCACACGCAGUAUUCCCCACACGCAGUAA